CGGAAGAGAAUCAUUGGAGCCAAAAUGGCGUCAGGUGGGAGCGAUUUUGCAGAAGAAGCAGACGUUGGUUAACGAAAAAACGGAACCGUUUAACAGCGAACUCCUGAAAUAGCAGUACAUUUGUCAGAAAUUAAGGAAAAAGGAAACCAAACAGUGUCCGAGGCGUAAUUAGAUGCACUGGUGAUGGCGGAGUGGCGAGGGGACUGUAUGUGGAAGAGACACAUCUCAGAGCAGCUGAAGCUGAGAGACAGGGUCCAGAGACAAUCCUUUGAGGAGAUCAUCCACCAGUAUCAUCGACUGCUGGAAAAGUCCGACCUUCAGACCGUCCUCUCUGAAAGGUACCAGACUGAGAAAUAUGACAUCCAGCGGGGACAUGAUGCCAGCUUGGGCUCAGACUCCAGUCGCAGUGACACCCUGCAGCACGAAAUGUCUCAGAUGAGAAUCAAACAUCAAGAGGAGCUGACAGAGCUGCACAAGAAACGAGGAGAGCUGGCUCAAAGUGUGAUUGAACUGAACAAUCAGAUUCAACAGAAAGACAAAGAAAUUCAGAGCAACGAAGCAAAGAUGUUGGAGUAUCAGCAGCAGAUCGCUAACCUGGAGGGGGACUGUCGAGAGCUGAGGAGCUUCCUUCAGGACCUGGAGCGAGCAAACCAGACCCUAAAGGACGAGUACGAUGCCCUGCAAAUCACGUUUUCCGCCCUAGAGGAAAAGCUGAGAAAAACCACAGAGGACAACCAGGAGCUGGUGUCACGGUGGAUGGCAGAGAAGGCUCAGGAGGCAAACAGGCUGAAUGCUGAGAAUGAGAAGGACAGCAGACGGCGACAGGCCAAACUUCAGAAGGAACUUGCAGAUGCAGCCAAAGAGCCUCUGCCUGUUGACCAGGAUGAUGACAUCGAAGUUUUGGCAGAAGAUGGAGGGAAGAGUGGAGGAGAGACUUCUCCGAACAGACCACUCAGUAGAACUCCCAGUAAGAAAAUCUCUCAGCCUCCUCCUGCUGGUCUGUUGGACUCCAUCUCCAACAUUUUUGGCGUGUCUAAAUGUGAUCAGCCUGGACUCCUCCAGCCACACUCCAGCAGGCGCCGAUCAACCAACUCGUUCAGCACUUCACCUGAAACCUCUGAGGCUCCGUCAGGUGUGAGUGCGGAGGUCCGAGUCCCGACCACAGCUCUGCAUGUCUUUGAAGCCCACGACGGGGAGGUGAACGCCGUAAGGUUCAGCCCUGGCUCUCGUCUCCUGGCUACAGGGGGGAUGGACCGGAGGGUAAAGCUCUGGGAGGUCAUUGCAGGUCGUUGUGAAGCGAAAGGAGCUUUGACCGGCAGCAACGCAGGAAUCACCAGCAUCGACUUUGACAGCGCUGGAUCGUAUCUCCUGGCUGCCUCUAAUGACUUUGCCAGUCGGAUCUGGACCGUCGAUGACUACAGGCUGAGGCACACCCUGACCGGUCACAGUGGCAAAGUCUUGUCAGCUCGCUUCUUAUUGGACAACGCUCGAAUCGUUUCUGGAAGCUACGACCGGACGCUGAAGCUGUGGGACCUCCGUAGCAAAGUCUGUAUGAAGACGGUGUUUGCUGGCUCCAGCUGUAACGACAUUGUGUGCACGGAGCAGUGUGUGAUGAGCGGACACUUCGAUAAGAAAGUUCGAUUCUGGGACAUCAGAGCAGAGAGCAUAGUUCGGGAGCUGGAGCUGCUGGGCAGAGUAACGUCCCUGGACCUAAACCACGAUCGAACAGAGCUGCUUACUUGUUCCAGAGACGACCUAGUUAAGAUUAUCGACCUGCGCAGCAACGCCGUCAGACAGACUUUCAGCGCUCAGGGCUUCAAAUGUGGAGCCGACUGGACCAGAGUCACCUUCAGUCCUGACAGCAGCUACGUGGCAGGAGGAUCUGCUGAUGGAGCGCUGUACAUCUGGAAUGUGUUGACAGGGAAAGUGGACAAAGUUCUGGACCGAAACCACCACUCUGCCAUCAACUCGGUCUCGUGGUCUCCGUCUGGAGCAUAUGUGGCCAGUGUGGAGAAGGGCAGUAAAGCCAUCCUGUGGUCCGACAUGUGACGGGAGACAGACUCAGUCUAGAUGAGCCUCAUCAUACGGUUCUUCUUGUUGGACAGAGCAGCUGAUGGUGGAUGGGACUGAACCAUGCUGCUCUUUAAUCUGCCUCCAUGAUGAAUAUUGACACUGCUUGAAUCACCUGUUUACCUUUUAUCUGUUUUAAUGUUCUUCAGUGCUUGUCCAGCUGAACCUUGGACACACUGUGUGUAUGAAGUCGGACUGUGGAGGAAAAAAAACGGCAGCAUCUUUGACGCUGGCACGUGUCCAGCAGAUGGAGCAAUUUGAAUGAAUGUGUCUGUGCUUUUCUUUUAUAUCAGCACUUAUUAAACACUCAGACGUGUCUGCGUAUGAAGCCAUGGGACUGUUGGAGGAAUAAAAUAAAAAUAAAAAAAAAUCUA